UGAAUGGUGAUCUCCACUGUGUUCAAACACACGCCGCCGAACCUCAGAAUUACUCACGCGAUGAUGCCAUCGAACGCAAGCAAUCCUGCGGAGACAGCGGUGAUCGAACACGCAGAGUCGCCGCACAUCCUCAGCUCGGAGAGGCCAGGUUUCACAGGCGUAGAGCAGGGCAGCCCGCACCGAAGCAUUGUAUACCCGACCUUUGACAGCCAGGCUAACGUCGCGACGGCGCCAGAGGUGGCUCAAGUUGAUGUAUGCCACCCUAGCCUUCAUUAUACGGUUGGAAAUCUCAUCCGUCACCCCUCCGCCAGCACUCACACAACUACCCAGGUACACAAACUUAUCAACAACUUCAAGCGGUUCACCCGCAAGAGUGAGUGCAGGUACAGGCUCCUGCCAAUCUUGUAACAGUACUUUGCACUUAGACGGCGCAAAGCACAUACCAUACUUACAGACACUGAUCGCCAACUGAUUAAGUGCGAUUUGGGCAGCCUGCAUGCUAUCGCACAGUAAGACGAUAUCGUCUGCAUACUCGAGGUCGAAAAGUCUAUCUCCAGGUAGCAGAUCUACACCACCUUCACGCACAUCCUUCAGAGCUGACUCCAGAAUGUCAUCGAUGGCAAAGUUAAAGAGAAAUGGAGAGAUUGGGCAACCCUGUCUAACCCCACUGUUGGUUGGGAAC